UUGGAGACAGACGCCGGCAUUGCAAAGAUGUCCAAAACAGAAACGGCCGCCGUGGAGGCAACCGAGGAGAACUCGAACGAGACAACUUCGGAUGCGGCCACCAGCUCGUCCGGCGAAAAGGAGGCCGAGUUCGACAACAAAAUCGAGGCGGAUCGCAGUAGGCGCUUCGAUUUCCUGCUGAAGCAAACUGAGAUCUUCACCCACUUCAUGACCAACAGUGCCAAGAGUCCCACCAAGCCCAAGGGCAGGCCCAAGAAGAUCAAGGACAAGGAAAAGGACAAAGACAAGGACAAGGAUGCGGCCGACCAUCGGCAUCGCAAAACGGAGCAGGAGGAGGAUGAGGAGCUGCUGGCGGAGGACUCGGCCACCAAGGAGAUUUUCCGCUUCGACGCCUCACCCGCCUACAUCAAAAGUGGGGAGAUGCGUGACUAUCAGAUUCGCGGACUCAACUGGAUGAUUUCCCUGUACGAGAAUGGCAUCAACGGAAUCCUGGCCGAUGAAAUGGGUCUGGGAAAGACCCUGCAGACAAUUUCCUUGCUGGGUUAUCUCAAGCAUUUCAAAAACCAAGCUGGUCCCCACAUCGUCAUCGUGCCCAAGUCCACGCUGCAGAACUGGGUGAACGAGUUCAAGAAGUGGUGUCCUUCCCUCAGGGCCGUCUGCCUGAUUGGCGACCAGGACACGCGCAACACCUUCAUUCGGGACGUGCUCAUGCCGGGCGAAUGGGACGUCUGCGUGACCUCCUAUGAGAUGUGCAUUCGCGAGAAGUCGGUUUUCAAGAAGUUCAACUGGCGCUACUUGAUCAUCGACGAAGCGCAUCGCAUUAAAAACGAGAAAUCAAAGCUCUCGGAGAUCUUGCGAGAGUUCAAGACCGCCAAUCGGCUGCUCAUCACGGGUACUCCGCUGCAGAAUAAUCUCCACGAGCUGUGGGCCCUACUCAAUUUCCUGCUGCCCGAUGUUUUCAACUCCUCGGAGGACUUUGACGAGUGGUUCAACACGAACACUUGUUUGGGCGACGAUGCGUUGAUUACGCGCUUGCACGCCGUCCUAAAGCCCUUCCUGCUGCGUCGACUCAAGGCCGAGGUGGAGAAGCGGCUGAAGCCGAAGAAGGAGAUGAAAAUCUUUGUCGGCCUGUCCAAUAUGCAACGCGACUGGUACACCAAGGUGCUGCUCAAGGACAUUGACGUGGUGAACGGCGCCGGCAAGGUGGAGAAGAUGCGACUGCAGAACAUCCUGAUGCAGUUGCGCAAGUGCACCAACCACCCGUAUCUGUUCGAUGGCGCCGAACCGGGGCCACCGUACACCACGGACACCCAUUUGGUGUUUAAUUCCGGCAAGAUGGCCAUUCUCGACAAGCUGCUGCCCAAGCUGCAGGAGCAGGGAUCGCGUGUGCUGAUCUUCUCUCAGAUGACGCGGAUGUUGGACAUCCUGGAGGACUAUUGCCACUGGCGCAACUACAACUACUGUCGCCUGGACGGUCAGACGCCGCACGAGGAUCGCAACAGGCAGAUCCAGGAGUUCAACAUGGACAACAGCGCCAAGUUCCUCUUCAUGUUGUCCACUCGAGCCGGUGGCUUGGGCAUCAAUUUGGCCACCGCCGAUGUGGUCAUUAUCUACGACUCGGAUUGGAAUCCCCAGAUGGAUUUGCAGGCCAUGGAUCGUGCCCAUCGUAUUGGUCAGAAGAAGCAAGUGCGCGUAUUCCGCCUGAUCACCGAGAGCACUGUUGAGGAGAAGAUCGUGGAGAGGGCCGAGGUGAAGUUGCGGCUGGACAAGAUGGUCAUCCAGGGUGGUAGAUUGGUCGACAAUCGUUCUAAUCAGUUGAACAAGGAUGAAAUGCUUAACAUUAUCCGCUUCGGAGCCAAUCAAGUGUUCAGCUCCAAGGAGACUGACAUUACAGACGAAGACAUUGACGUUAUUCUGGAGCGCGGCGAGGCAAAGACGGCCGAACAAAAGGCCACGCUGGACAGUCUGGGCGAGAGUUCACUGCGCACAUUUACGAUGGACACAAAUGGCGAGGGAGGCACCUCCUCGGUCUACCAAUUCGAGGGCGAGGAUUGGCGUGAGAAGCAGAAGCUUAAUGCUCUGGGCAACUGGAUUGAACCGCCCAAGCGAGAGCGCAAGGCGAACUAUGCAGUGGAUGCCUACUUUCGGGAGGCACUGCGCGUUUCUGAGCCCAAGGCUCCGAAGGCACCACGCCCACCCAAGCAGCCCAUCGUGCAAGACUUUCAAUUUUUCCCACCCCGUCUCUUCGAGCUGCUAGACCAGGAGAUCUACUACUUCCGCAAGACCGUCGGCUACAAGGUGCCCAAGAACACUGAGUUGGGCUCGGAGGCCACAAAGGUUCAGCGCGAGGAGCAGCGCAAGAUCGACGAGGCUGAGCCGCUGAGUGAAGAUGAGAUACAGGAGAAGGAGAACCUGCUCUCACAUGGUUUUACCGCCUGGACCAAGCGCGACUUCAAUCAGUUUAUUAAGGCCAACGAGAAGUACGGUCGUGAUGACAUCGACAACAUUGCAAAGGACGUGGAGGGCAAGACACCGGAGGAGGUUAUCGAGUACAAUGCGGUCUUCUGGGAGCGCUGCACUGAGUUGCAGGAUAUUGAGCGAAUUAUGGGACAAAUUGAGCGCGGAGAGGGCAAGAUACAGCGACGUCUUUCUAUCAAGAAGGCCUUGGAUCAAAAGAUGUCCCGGUAUCGCGCGCCCUUCCAUCAGUUGCGACUGCAAUAUGGCAACAAUAAGGGCAAGAAUUACACAGAAAUCGAGGAUCGAUUUCUGGUUUGCAUGCUGCACAAGUUGGGCUUCGACAAGGAGAACGUUUACGAGGAGCUCAGAGCGGCCAUAAGAGCUUCCCCUCAGUUCCGUUUCGACUGGUUCAUCAAAUCUCGCACAGCUCUAGAGCUACAGCGUCGUUGCAAUACACUGAUUACCCUCAUCGAACGUGAGAACAUCGAGCUGGAGGAGAAGGAACGCGCCGAGAAGAAGAAAAAGGCGCCCAAGGGCAGCGUGUCCGCGGGCAGCGGAAGUGCCAGCUCCAAUACCCCAGCACCCACGCCGCAACCGAAGGCCAAUCAGAAGCGAAAGAGCGAGGUGGUGGCCACCAGUUCCAACUCGAAAAAGAAGAAGAAGUAGAGAGGCAAUGGAGGAACGAUAUUCACAUGAGAUUUGGCUCCACACUCAGCAUUAGGCAGUUACACACUUAGUUAAGACAAGCGAUUACUUAAACAUAUUUCACUCGACAUAGAUACUUAGUUUUUAACUCACACCGGAAGCAA